AUGAUCUGUUUUUCAGAUAAUUCCAUCCAGUCCAUUUUCUGUUGCUGCUGUUGCUGUUCCGUGCAGAAACGUCAAGUGCGAACACACAUCAGCUUGAGCAAGGAUGAAGACCUUUCAGAAAAGUACGCUCAGCACCGCAGGCCCUGGCUCAGUGAGUGGUCAAGGAAGCAUCAAUCCAGCAGGGACCGAGCCCAGCCAUCCAAGCGCAAGCCGCUUCCUCCGCUGCCACCCUCUGAGCUUGCUGAGGAGCGGAUCCGAGUCAAGGCACUUUAUGAUUUUCUGCCCAGAGAGCCUUGUAACCUGGCAUUGAAGAGAGCACACGAAUAUCUGAUCCUGGAGAAGUACGACCGUCACUGGUGGAAAGCGAGGGACUCUUUAGGGAACGAAGGCUUUAUCCCUAGCAACUACGUGACUGAAAACAAACCAACCAACUUAGAAAUCUAUGAGUGGUACCAUAGAAACAUUACCAGAAACCAAGCAGAGCGCCUGCUGAGACAAGAGUCUAAAGAAGGUACAUUUAUCGUCAGAGACUCAAGACAUUUGGGAUCCUACACAAUUUCCGUGUUUAUAAAAGCCAGGAGAAGCACGGAGGCUAUGAUCAAACAUUAUCAGAUCAAAAGGAAUGACUCGGGACAGUGGUACGUCGCUGAAAGACACCUCUUCCAAUCCAUUCCCGAGCUGAUCCGGUACCACCAGCACAACGCGGCGGGUCUCAUGACUCGUCUCCGCUCCCCAGUUGGUCUGAUGGACCACUGUUUGCCGGCCACAGCUGGCUUUAGCUAUGAAAAGUGGGAGAUAGAUCCAUCUGAAUUGGCUUUCGUCAGAAAGAUCGGAAGCGGUCAGUUCGGGGUAGUCCAUCUAGGUAAAUGGCGAGCACACAUCCAGGUGGCCAUCAAAGCUAUCAACGAAGGCUCCAUGUCUGAAGAGGAUUUCAUCGAAGAGGCAAAAGUGAUGACGAAAUUAUCACACUCAAGGCUAGUUCAGCUUUAUGGGGUGUGUACACAGCAGAAACCGCUCUACAUUGUGACAGAGUUCAUGGAAAAUGGCUGCCUGCUUAACUACCUGAGGGAGAGAAAAGGACAACUUCGGAAGGAAAUGCUACUGAGCGUGUGCCAGGAUGUAUGUGAGGGGAUGGAAUAUCUGGAGAAAAACUGCUAUAUUCACAGGGAUUUAGCGGCAAGAAAUUGUCUGGUCAGCUCUACCUGUAUUGUGAAGAUCUCAGACUUUGGGAUGACAAGGUAUGUUUUGGAUGAUGAAUAUAUCAGUUCUUCUGGAGCCAAGUUCCCAAUCAAGUGGUCCCCCCCUGAAGUUUUUCAUUUCAACAAGUACAGCAGUAAAUCUGACGUCUGGUCAUUUGGAGUUUUAAUGUGGGAAGUUUUUACUGAAGGGAAGAUGCCUUUUGAAAAUAAAUCAAAUUCGCAAGUCGUGGAAGCCAUUUCUAAAGGCUUCAGGCUGUAUCGCCCCUACUUGGCACCAGUGUCUGUAUAUGAAGUCAUGUACAGCUGCUGGCAUGAGAAACCCGAAGGCCGCCCUACGUUUGCUGAACUGCUGCAGGUCCUCACAGAGAUGGCCGAAACCUGGUGACCUGCGAUGGAACGCCAGCCCAGAGAGCCAGCCGGCACAGACCGUCACGCCAGGACAUCCCGAGCAGGUGGUGAGGGGAAGUGUCUUCCCUCAAAAUUGCCAUCUCUCAGAAAGGUCUUGCAAAGGUCACAGGCUUUUCAAACAUUUUUAAAUUUAAGAAUAUUCUGGCAAUAGCUUUUCUCCAUGUGUGGGAGAGAUGUGUGAACUCUUCAUUGUCUGUGGUAUCUUUCCCAUCCCACAUGUGGAGAAGGGAGAAAGCCUUCAUCGAGGUUGCUGUUCAUGGUCACAGCCGAGAAUCCUGGGGGCUCCGUGGAAACCUGCUCCUUCCCCAGGCUGAGAAGUCUCUCUCCUGCAGAGGUGUGACGGUCACGACUCUGGUGGGCCGUGCAGAGACGAUGAAAAGAACUUCUGCCAACUCGUGGAAUGAACGAGCCUUUUCUACCGAAUUUUGAAUUUUAUUAUAUUUUUAAAAUUUUAUUUAUUAUUUUCACUUUAUUUGAAAGGGGGUGGGAGAGAGGGAGAAAAAGAGAGAGAGAUCUUGCACCUACUGGCUCACUCCCCAAAUGCUCCCGUAACUGGGCCUGGGCUGGGCCAAAGCUAGGAGUCAGGAACUGCAUCUGGGUGUUCCAUGUGGAUGGCAGGGACCCAAGUACUUGGGCCAUCACCUGCUACCUCCCAGGUGCACGCUAGCAAAAAACUGGAUUCAAAAGGCCAAGACUUGAAUCCAGGCACUCCAGUAUGGAAUGCUGGCAUGCCAAGCAACAUCUUAACUGCUAUUCCAAGCAUUCACCAUAGUAAUUGUGAAUUUUAAAUCCUAUUUCUUACACUCUGAGUAUUGUAUCUUUGAAUAUUAAUGAUAAUUAAAGAUCAUGAUGUGCAUUGUUUCUAAUGAGCAUUGGGUACAAGAAGAGACCUGAUGAUUCAAGUGACAGGCUCCAAAAUGUUUGCAUAAGGUACCACACCCCUGCACCUGUUACUCCUGCCAAGCUGAGGAGGGAUGGACACUCCCAUUAGGCAGACCCAAUUCAAGUAAGAGGACAUGACGCUAAAACAGUCAAAGCUAAGGGCAGGGAGGUUAAGGUUAUGAUAUAGGAAACCAUGUUAUCCGUGUGUGCAGUAAGGUCACUUUCAUAUUUUACUAAGCUUGGCAGUACCCAUUCUCCAUCAAAAGGAAAAAGCCAAAACCAAAACAACAACAACAACAAACUCACAAAAUCUCCCAAAGCGCAGUCGCUGAAAAGCCAGGGUUGACUACGGAGCAUCUGCUGUCACUGUGGACAUAUGAAGAGUCACAGCCAGAGUUAAGUGAUCGCUGGGGGUCACAUGACAGCACCUGGCACUGCUAGGAGCGUGUGUUGGCAGUGGGGAGCUUUUGUUUUCACCCUUCAGGGGAGUUGGGGAGAGCAAAUCAGGAGCAAGGAUCACUGGAGCUAUGUCCUGGGUAACUAAACUCCAGAUAAUGUGUGAAUUUUGAGUGUCUGUGGCCAGAGAUGUGCUAUUCUCUGUGUAGUCAUGGGGAGUUUCCUUAAGAAGUAGGAGACCAUGUUUUAUAACCGGUUUUAAUAUUGAUUGUUGAUAAAAGGUCUCUGUGAGUUGUCUGAGGUGGGAUACAGCAAUGCUUAAAUAGCUCUGCUUGAGAAGUAAGCAGAAGAGGCUGGCUCUGUGGUGUAGUGGGUUAAGCUGCAGCCUGUAAUGCCGGCAUCCCAUAGCAGCGCUGGUUUGAAUCCUGGAUGCUCCUCUUCUGAUUCAUGCUAAUGUCCCUGGGAAAGCAGCAGCAGAUGACCCAAGUACUUGGGCCACUGUACCCAUGUGGGUGAAGCUCCUGGCUGCUGGCUUCAGCCUGGCCUAGCCUUGGUCAUUGUAGCCAUUUGGGGAGUGAACCAGCAGAUGAAAGACCUCUCUGUCUCUCGGCCUCUACUCUUUCUAUAACUCUGCCUUUCAAAUAAAUAAAUAAACCUUUUUUUUUUUUAAAGAAGGAACAGGAGAAUUAGAAAUUGGUUGUAGAGAGUUCUAAAAGAGGAAAAGUUGGAAGGUUAAAGGAGGGAGAGGAGUCUCCUAAAACAAUGGAAUAAUUUUAGAGGCCAAAUGGAAGAUAAGAUCAGUGAAAAUAACCUUUUGGCCAGAAAGCCACAGGAGAUUUUUCUUAGUAAACUUAUAAAUUUAUUAAUUUUUUUUUAAUUUGAAAGAGUGAGAGCAAGAGACAGAGCUCCCAUCUGCUGGUUUACUGGGAGGUAGACCAGGGUUAGGGCCAAGAGCUGGCAACACCAUCUGGGUGCUCCAUGUUGGUGAACAGGAAACCAAUUGCUUGAGCCAUCCCCACUGUUGCUCAGGAUCUGCACUGGGAGUAAUCUGGAGUCAGGAGCCAGAGCUGGGGCUGGAACCCAGGUCCUCUGAUGUGGGAUGGGGGCAUCCCACAGCCUUCAGUCUCCAGGCAAGCCAACCAACUCUCUGUGUGCAGACAGAAUCCUAGAGUAUGCACAAUUGCUAGGGAUGAGACCGUGGUGUGUGGAGCAAUGCAGUAAGGAUCCGCCUUGGUUUCCCAUCAGUCACGUAGACCUGCAAUUACAGCUGGCCCAGAUUUUAGCUUUCCAGGCCCUGGUUCCCAAUAUGCCAAGCUGAUCUUAACUUGAACCAUUUCCCAAGAGUUUGUGCUGCAAGAAGGCAAACCUAAAAUCUUCUCAAGAUGGCCUGAGUCUGGGAGAAAAAAAGGUACAGGCCUGGUUUUAACCCUUUGUUCAUAAAAUCAUAAACACACAUGAAUCAUGAGUACAUAGCUUUGUUAACAUUCGCAAAGUGAACAAAUCUGUGUAAGUGAGCCAGGUCAAGAAAUCAUACAUUUCAGAACUGCAGAAGCCAUUCUCAUUCACUAAUCAAGCCAAGCUAUUUGUGAACUUUCUAUAAAUUGAAGCUUAUGGUGUAUAAUUUUUUGUACCUGGUUUGUUUCACUCAGUAACAGGUUUGCUGAUCCAUGUUGUAUGUAGUUGUAUUCCAUUUAUUCCAGGGUCUGCAUUGUCUUACAUAGAAUAAUUUUUGCACAUAUUAUUUAUCUGGUUUACUUUUGAUGAAUAUUUGGGUUAUUUGCAAUUUUAACUAUUAAGACCAAUACUGCUAUGAACAUCUUUCUACAUGUAUUUUGGUGAAAAUAUGUAUUUCUGUAUAUAUGUGUAUGCCCAGGAGUGAAAUUGCAGGGCCAAACAGUCUGUGUAUGUCCCACUUUUGUAAACUGUGCCAAACAGUGUUCUGAAGUAGAUACCAGCAAUGAUAUAACCUGCGGCAGUGCAUGGGAAUUUCAGUUGCUCUAUGUCCUCAACAAGAGUUGGAAUUGUUUUUUUGUGCCAAAGGAUCUAAGGGCAAGACAUGCCACGUUCAGUUUUGCUUAUCAAAUGUGCUGCCAUGUAAUUCCCUGCCUCCCUCUUUGUUACCAGCAUCGUUUCUGUGCUGUGUGGAAAAUGGAGAUGGGAACUCAUGUGCAGGGUGGGCUGUCCUGGGCCCUGUGUGCUCUGUUCUCCCUGUCUUUCAGGAUGCAGCUGCACCUGUGCCUCUGGGAGGUGUGGAGAUGCCCCUUGCCAGCACCCUCCCUGCUGAAGGGGGUGGGCCCGGGAGGCCUGCUCCUGCUCUCUGCAAGGCCAUUUUCCUUAAGGUUCAGCCUCCUCUUGCAUCUUGGGACUACGGGCUUGGGCCUUAACUGGUAAACAGAAAUUAUUUUGCCCCUAGGAAGGUUUUGUUCAAGAUGAUUGCAAUAGUGAAAAAAGGCUGAACUCAGUGGUGGGCAUUUGGCUAAGCAGUUAAGACAUUGGUUGGGAUGCCCAUUUCAGAGGGCUUGGGUUGUAAUCCCAGCUCCGCUUCUGAUUCUAGUACUGCUGAUAUGAAGCCUGGGAAGAAGAAAGUGUUUCGGUUCCUGCCACUCGUGUGGGAGACUUGGAUUAAGUUCCUGGCCUCUGGCUUUCGCCUGGCCUAGCCCAGCUGUUGCAGGCAUUUGGGGAGUGAA